AUGGAGGCUGCUGGCCUUGCCGUCGGCAUUGUUGGCCUCUACACGACGUGUCGGGACUGUUACGGCUUCUUCACAACGGUGAAAACGGCCGAAGUAGAAUCUUCAGCCCAUCUUCGCGAAAUGGUGAUUCAGCAGUCAAUUCUCAAAGCCUGGGGCUUCCACUGGCGGAUCCAAAACCAGGACAGCAGUGGGCCGGAACACCCCGAUCCCACCGGGCAAGGGCAGACUAAAUUGCACAAGUACCUCUUAAACAACCGCUUCAAGGCCGAAGGCGUCUUCAAUACGCUUUCCGCUCUUGCCGAUACCCUGUCAAAUCAAGAAAAGCUCACCAAGCGCUAUGGGAUCCAGCUUCAGCCAACACAAGCUAUCCAAGAUGCAUCCCAGUUAACCAACAACGUCCAGCUGACCAUCCAAAACACCACUAUCGAGAAUAUCCAGCCGGUCAUCAAGGAGGUCAAACAUCGGCUCUCGGUCCUCAACAAGUUCAAGUGGGCUCUGAAGGACAGAGACAACUUCAGAAAACUCAUCUCCGACCUGAGAUCGCACAGUGAAUCGCUGUACCGCCUUUGUCCGGAAAACGCAUUCGGCUCCAUGAACAUCUAUCUCACCAUGGACUGCUUGGCCAGGCAAGAGUCGCCGGCUGGUCUGAAGUGGACUUCGAAACUCGCGACCGAACACGCGGAGGUGGAUGAUGGCUCCUCAGUGCGGGGAGGCUACGUACUGCUGGCCUCGGCGGCCACUUUGAAAGCAUCAGUGAAUGAAAACAGAGACAGGGUUGACGCGGUAGAUGACGGCACUCUUCCUAGCAUCGAAGAAGAACAACCAAAGAUGUGGUAUCUGGGCAAGGGUCUCGCCCUGUUCGACGGCCAAGUCGUCUACGUGGAAAUGCGAGACUACCGUGGACCGCCGCCGGAACUCACCCCGGAGCAAAAGCAGAAGAUCAAGCGUCGGCGGAACCGAGCACGUCCCUUGAAGUUGUCAGAGACUGGUAUUCCACACCAUUACAACAACGCUGGAAUCACUGUAGACUACGAAAAGAGUGACAGCGAUGAGACUGAUGAUGAUGAGCCGAUAGAGAGUGUUCGGCCACCAGACCCGAAACUCCGGGCUCUCAUCAAAAACUUCUUCAACACAUUCCACGGCGAGAAUGUAAUGAAAAGCGUCUAUGGCUUGAAUAUCGCAGGAAUGAUUGACCAUACAGAAGGGGAACACAAGGGCCAUUUCAGCAUCCUAUACAAGCUCCCCGGCACCAUCGGCCUCCAGAGCCGCCAGCGGCCAGCGGAGAACCUGAAGCUUCGUGCACCUGUGACGCUGAAGUCCCUUCUUGGAAACAAAGGGCGACAUGGCAUCAGAUCGACGCUCGGGGCACGUUUCGAGCUGGCCAGGAACCUUGUUCGUGCCGUUUGUCUCCUUCAUUCCAGCGGGUGGCUACACAAGAAUAUCCGCGCCGAGUCAGUCAUGUUCUUCCCGGAACACGUGAAUGCACUCCAAGAGGAUCGUUACGAGGUCAAAAUCGAGAUUGAUGUUUCGAAGCCUAUUCUGAUGGGCUAUAUCUUUUCACGGCCAGACGAUAUAAUGACUCCCACGGAAUCAGCAUCGGCGCCGCCAAUUGACAACCGAAUGCUAUCAUCCACGCAAAUGGAGAUGCAAAGAUCCCAGAGCAAGACCACCAGCAUAUGGGAACCCGAUGGCCCCUCAGACGAGGCAGCGCCAAGGCUAAGAAGCAGAACCCCUUCACUCAAAAACAUCUAUGGCAGAGACAUGCUCAAUAAGUCGACCGUCUCCGAGCCAACGAAGGACAUCAACAUCAGCGGCUUUACGCUAGACUAUUACCAGCACCCUGCCAAACACGCAGACCCACAGCGCUUGUAUCGUCAUGCAUACGACGUCUACUCUCUCGGUAUCCUUCUUCUUGAAAUCGGGUUGUGGGAAACGUUGAGGAACUACGAUGACUUCCGCUCGGGAUAUAACAUGAUUCCUGACUAUGACGACGAAUAUCAGUAUGAACGGAGACGCUGGAUUUGUCGAGAGUAUCUAGAUCGUGUCAGAUGGGCGUGUGGGGACGUCUAUGCCGAUGUGGUGCUUAGUUGUCUCAUGGUUGAUAGCAUGGAUGAUGAAGUGGCGAGGGUUAGCGAGAGGGAACUGUGUGCUCGACUUGUAGCAGAGCUGGAGGGCUGCCAGGCGUAG